AUGGCUUUCUCUAACAAGCUUCAUUGCAUUUCGAUGUUUAUGAUCAUCUCAUAUCUUACUUGCAUUCUUUUUGCAUCAGGAUUAGAUGUCUCAAACACUGUGGCGGAAGCACCAACACCAGGUUCGGGCCACGGCGGCGUGUUACCUCUAGCACCUAAGCAUGUUGUAAUCCACAACACUGUAGAGAACGGGGAAGUUCUGAAUGUACAUUGCAAAUCUAGUGACGAUGAUUUGGGAUUGAUCCAUAUCCCUUGGGAUAAGUACUGGGAUUUCAGAUUUCAUGUUAACAUUUGGAAAACUACGAAGUUUCGUUGCCAUUUUACGUGGUAUGGAGGCGGAUCUCAUUAUUUUAAUAUAUUUACAGUAGCAAGAGAUGAUACUCCAUCUGGAAAGACUCCAGUAUGUAGAGAAUGUAUUUGGGAGGUGGGAAAAGAGUCCGUAGAUGAGAGAACUCCUAUGUGUCGUGUAGAUGGUGAUGGAUAUACUCGUUACUGUUUUGAAUGGGACGAUGAUAGUCUUUAA